AUGACUCUGGCCCUUGUGUUCUUAUCUCUGGCCAUGUCCUGUGCCCAUCCUAACAGAAUAGAAGAAGAAAGAAAAAUAAACAACUUCAUCAAUGAAUCCUGCAAUCACACAACCGACCAUAACUUCUGUGUCAAGACGUUGGGCUCAGACCCUGAUGGCACCUCCGUCAGGGACUUGGCUGGGUUGACAGCCAUCGCGCUCAAGAUAACGGUAGCCAAUGCAACAGACACCUACGCUUACAUAUCGGAGCUGUUAAACAGGAGCGGCAGUGACAAGAAGGAAAGUUUUGAGGACUGUUUGUAUGUUUAUCGAUUGACAGUGGACUAUCUCCAGUUAUCGGUGCCGGCUCUACAGCAGAAGAACUACAUCGAUCUCAAAGUCUACAUUAGUGGCUCUCUCAUUAACCCGGCGGACUGUGAGGAAGGGUUCUCUAAGGAUGGCUCUCCACUCACACAGAGGAAUAACAAUAUGACCAAACUCAUGUUGAUGACUCUUGAUCUCGUAAACUAUCUUUCUACCUCCUGA